AUGAGCACCAGUAACACCCUCAUCCCUACCGGUGGCGAUGGCGGUGGUGGUGGGGACUCACCCUCUCGUCCUUCUCGUCACGGGGAGCAGAAGAAGUUGGGAGUUGCUUUCAAUGUCAGUUCAGAUUCGACCCACACACCAACCAUCUCCCUACCACAUUCACUUGACAUUAAGGACGCCAAAAAGGCCUUUGCCUUAAAAAUUGCUGGGGCUCUGCCCAGUGGUGGCUCCUCACCGGCCAAAAUCAUCCAUGCAUUUAUCCAUGUGAAGGACUAUGAAGGAUUGGAUCGAUACCUCAGCAAGUAUACAGUGGACAAGGAGGUGCUCGAUUUCGCCCUUCAAAAGGCCUGUAUCGCCUCCAAUGCCGAGGCUGUCGAUGUGCUGGCCGGCCAUGGUGCAAAUGUCGACUUUGUGGAUCAAUUUGGCACCACGCUGUUGCACUUUGCUAUGCGAGGUGGGGGCAAUCCAGAGGUCAUUCUGGCUCUCCUUCGCCACGGAAUGCAAUAUCGGGAUUGGCGGAACGAGGGGCAGAGUCUCCUCAAUUGGGCUUGUCAAUGGGGCCAUUUGGCAAUUGUCAGGUGCGUGCUUAUUCAUGCCUGUAAAUUAUUCUUCGAUUAG